AUGGAUUCCCAAAUUAAACAGCUUGUGGAAAUGGGGUUCACCCGUGACCAAGCAGAAUCCGCAUUACAGAAGGCUAAUAACGACUUAGAGCAGGCAAUUGGAUACUUGUUUGGUGAUUCAGAAGAAAAACACCCUACUGAAACGCAAAUGUUUGAUGAAGAUUACAAUAGUCACAGUGGCACUGUUGCCAUCUCCAAUCCUCAUGAAAUUCCACUGUUUCCACUACUGGAGUCACAGGAGUAUGCAUAUAGUAGUGGCUGGGGGUCGGAGUCUGAGCAACUUGAGGUGGCUGAAUCUCAACUUUUUAAAAAUCCUGAGGCAUUUUUGAGAACAAAGGAUACCAUCCCUGCAGUUGUUGCCAAAUGGACUAAUUCUCCAGGAAGAUUUGUGGUUCCGUUAUAUGUGCUACUUUGCCAGAUUCCCUCAUUCAACAAAUUGCUAUUGAGUAAAGAUGUGGAUCAACCAUUUGAUGAGAAUUGGUUCACCCCAGAACAAGAAGAAGAGGCGACUGGGUUGGACCCAAGUAGGAGUGAGUCAUUUAUUGCUGCAAUCCAACGACUCAUUGGAUUCUUUUCCGCACAUAGUGAGCGCUCAUUCAUCAGUUCCGAAUGGUUUUACAACAGAGUGUCUGAGUCAUUCAAGGCUCAUGAGUUUGAAGAUUGGGACGACCUAGUGUAUACUGCUUCUAGCGACUUGGAGAAACACGUGAAAUCAGUUUUGGACCAAGACUUUGAUCUUCUUAGCUCGCAUGCAACAAGUCACGAGCGCGAAUUGAAACUUUUCAAAACUGUCAUGAUUGACAGCGAGUGCCGAGAGUCGACGUUGGUGGAGUCGUUGAGUAAAUUGUUGCGCUCUCCCGAUGCCUACGCCAUCAAGGACCUUGCACCUGUUUUAGCUAUUCAAAUUUCCCCCAGUGAAACAGGAAGCCAAGUGCCAUCUAUCAAUGUCGAGGAGUCAUUCUACCCUGCUCUUUUUACAGCAAAGUACAAGCCCUUGAUAGAGAAAAUGGACAGGAAAAGACUCCUGUCUUCGCAGAAAAGAGCCACUAUUACGUCACGAAUUAUGGCGUUGAGUUCAUUUGAAGGAAAGAAAAUCCGAAGCUUCCUAGAUAAAACAAAAGAAUAUGUCGAGAAAGUUGGUGAAACAGAGGCAUGCGAGGAUCUUCAAAAGUUGUCUGAUUCUAUAAAAAAUGAGUCUAGUCAAUUAAAUGAAGCUCUAAAAGCAAUCAACAUAGAUUACGCCAAGCUCGAUACGUCUAACCAAGAAAACAUUAUAGAAGAGCUCAGAAAUGAUGAUGAAUGGGACAUACCGCCAAAGUACCACUUGGUUGGUGCUGUACUCUCGCAUACACAGUAUGCGUAUAGACCAAUGGCCAGUACAGGGGACGACGAUUGGGUUUUGUACCUCGCGGAUACAUCUAAUGGAAUUGUCACAGAUUUUAGAGCGACUCAGUGUUCUUUCAACGAGGUUAGAGGUUUCUUGCGCGAUGAGCCAAAUGAUAAGUAUAUCUUCUUGGUGUAUGCUGAUGAGAACACUUUACAACGAAGUGAACUUGAACUUCCCCCUAGUUUGUCGUCGUUUUUCGCAAGAGACAAUGCAUUUCUACACAGCCAAAUUGAAGAAAAGGAAAGCAAAAAUGAGCAUGUUGUUGAUGCCAGCGAUUCCUCUUCGGAGGAGGUUAGUGAUGAAGAUGCAAAUGGAAAGGAUAAGUUAGAUUCCGAUACUGAUUUAAUAGAUUUAUAG